AUGAAGUUCAGUGUUCUUCUUUCGGCCCUUGCCGUGACGCCGGCUCUGGCCGUGCCGACUGCCGGAAGCAGAUCUCCCUCUAGUUCCAGUUACAGCUACAGCUACAGCUAUGGUAGUCGCAACAACAGCCACAGCGAUAGUCACAGCGACAGCAGUCACUACGGUAGCAGCAGCAGUAGCAGCAGCAGCAGCAGCAGUAGCAGCAAUGAUAACAACAGCAACGACUGUGACGACGAUAGCAGCAGCAAUAACAACGAUCAGGGCAGCAAGAGCGGCUUGAACAACGGCUUAAACAACGGUCAAAGCAAGUACCCCACAGACACCUACAUUGUGAAUCCUGCUGGCAAGUCCGGCACCGGUUAUGGCAGCAAUUCCGACAACCAGUACAGCAACGGUUACCGAACCAACGGCUAUGGGAAGGGCCGUGUCUCAAGCGGCGGCAAUAGGCCAAGCAGCGGGAACGGCAACAAUCCCUGGAACGGUCCCGGCAGUGUUGGUAGCAAAACUUGGAACGGUCCCGGCAGUGUUGGUAGCAAAACUUGGAACGGUCCUGGCAACACCCCUGGAGCAACCGUGACAAAGCUUUGGCGGCAAAGGUCUGAGCGACAGUUCCGCCGCACUCCCGGUAGCGGCUCAGGCAGCACUCCUGGCAGCGGCUCCGGCCGCACUCCUGGCAGCGGGCUCCGGCCGCACUCCUGGCAGCGGCUCCGGCAGCGGCUCCGGCAGCGGCUCCGGCAGCGGCUCCGGCAGCGGCUCCGGCCGCACUCCCGGCGGCGGUUUUGGCAACAAUCCCGGCAGUGGUUCCGGAAACGGGUUUGGCAAAGGUUUCGGUGA